AUGGCGACCGUACUCCACGAUAGCGAAUUCAUGACCACCUACCGGGCAGCAUCUCCCAUCAAGCCCGGUGGUAAAUUUCUUUCCUUCCGUGAUGGAUCGCUCCACCCUGCUGUCCUCUGCCAGGGCGAGAAAAAUACCAUCUUUGUAGUGUUGACUGACCCCAAGACCGGACAGAGGGCCACCUAUGAUGCGACCGCCUUUUUCGGCCUAUCUGGGUCCAUUAUCGAUUUUGAACUGCGACAGUAUAAGAGCCAGACCUCAUUUCUGUUCUCGACCAAGUACUCAGGAUCUGAGAAUGGAAUUCAUCUCUUCAAUGGGAUAACUCCGGAGGAGCUUUGGAAACUUCCAAACGACAAAAUCUUCCAUGGUCGAGUAUCCACCGUGAAGAGGCUGUUUUUGAGCGAAAUCCAAGAUAAUGACGGCGUCCCAGCCGUCUUUUAUACUACUCCUCGUCCUGGGUAUUCGGACGAAGUGCUUUUGAGACCAAUCAAAGCGGACGUGGAUAACAAUACUUUGUCGCCGGAUAAUAACUGGGGUCUCCACGGUAACGUGACAGAUGUGAUAGCCGUAAGUGUUGGUGUGACCAACUAUGGCCCCGGUGCCUUUGCACUUUACAAAGGCCAUCAGGAUGGGAAGAGAUACGUUCAGUUCCGCAACGAUAUUGUAGGGGGCGUUCACGAGUUCUCCGUGGACUUCCCAGUCCAUGAUCGAGCGGAGUGUCUGAGCACCUAUGUCAACGAGGACUCAGCCUGUACUGCCCUAGUAGUGGCGGGCGAGGAGAUUUCCCUUUACCUCGAUGAUCAGUAUUGCUAUUCUGACGCGGACCCAGCAGCUACGGUGGCAGUAUCCUCGGCCAUCACUUCCCUCCAUGUCGCCCAGCAUGAGGAUGAUAUAAGCAUUUGGUAUACCAAUAAAGCUGAAGGUGCAUACUACUAUAAUACGAAACACACCCAAUUCAGCGAUGGGCAAAUGGUUCAAUUUUUGCCAGACGGGGCAGGCAAAACCGUAUCUGGUCUCCUUUGGGAAUACACAGAGCAAAUGUCUAUAAUUCAAACGUUAAUGACGAUGGAUGACAAGGGCCACCUUGCUGUCUGGCAGCAGGACCUCGGAACUCGCUUCUGGACUCCACACCCCUAUCAUGUCGACGCACCUGAUAAAGCCACUCCUGUAACUGGAUAUGUUACCCGCUUCGAAGCCAAGAAUCCAUCUGACCCUUCGACGGUAGUUGGUUGCCAGCUGGAACUUAUCGCUACUGGUGUGAUCCAUGUGUAUUCCAAUGGAAAGGCGGCGAUGCUCGGACCGAGGCCGUCGUUGCAUACAGUCAAUGGGAACGGAGUUUUAAACUUGAUUAUCCCUAGUGAUGAAAUCACCUGCCAGCAAAUCCAAGUAGCUGCCCUCCUACCCAAAGGAGGCGGCCGGAUUCCCAUCUCAACUGGCUGGUUCGACCCUGCUGCCAAGGUUGUUUCGAAGCUCUCCGGCAUUAAAACAGGGCAGGAUCUGCUCAAUACAGGUAUGGCCCCGAAUCUUACGCGAGAGCAGGCAGAUGAGGCGGCAAAGAGUAUUUCGAACGCCAUGAAGUCAUAUCACAACUUUGCCUCAGGACCAUCGUCAAAGGCUUCAACUUCCCCGGUGCAAGUCCCUGACAAACAACCACAGUUCUGGAGCCUCUGGUCAUUGUGGGAUGCGCUAAAAGGUUUAAUCAAUAAAGGUCUUAAUGGUCUUAAGGCCGUUCUGAAGGUAGUUGAGGAUGCUGUACCCGACGGGCCAUGGAAAAUGAUUGUACAUUGGGCGGAACAACCGUUCGAAUUUCUCAUCGACUCUGCUUCUCGGGCCCUCGCAGCAGCAGACUUUGUUAUCAAAAUAGCCCAUGUGGCAUGGGACGCAUUUCAAGCCUUUAUCGAGUUAGCCUUGGACUGGGACCAAAUCAAAAUCACCACUCGUAGCGUCAAGGCCUGGAUGGACUCUGGCUUUGACUGGGCGGCGGGGAAAGUGGAUGGUCUGGAUCGUGUGGUUGACCAAUUUUGCGAUAAAAUCAUUAGCAGCAUCGACCAUCGGACAACACCAGAUGCUAUAUCCGCUAAUAACGCACCUGGAAAACCCAAUCAACGCGCCAGUGACGUCCAACACAGUGUGGCAUAUCACUAUGGCUUUGAUCUACUAUUGCAAGGCGCCAACACCAUGGCUGGAUCUUCGUCAUUGAGCCACGCGACCUUUGACAGUGAUGUAGCUCAGAAACCAGACUAUAACAUCAUCCAGGAAGCAUACGAUCUCGUCCAAAAGCUUCUCAAGGAUGUCAAGAGCACCUUGGAAAACAUUUUCACCGACGUGUCUAAGUGGUCGGCUGGUGACAUAACGGCGGCCGAAGUCUUUGGUAAGAUCGGCAGUGAUCUCCUCGCGGGUAUUAUGAAGGUCGCGAAAGAUGUCGUGCACGCAAUACUCAAGGCUGUCAGGGAAUUGAUUAGCACAGUUAAAAGCUGGAUGGAUAAGGAGCUUAUUAUUCCCGUCCUCACGGAUCUAUGGCACGGGUUGACUGGGGAAACAUUAUCUUUUGCCGGGGUUAUUGCCUUUGUAGUGGCCAUUCCGAUGACGCUGCUGAGUAAGGCUAUAACUAACAACUCCCCUCCAGACCUACGCUCGUUGACCAAGCAGUUAUGGGAUUUACAUGCUCUUGAAUCUGGCCAGGUAUCACGGGCUGUUUCUGGUGAGGACAUAUCCCUCUUUGGCGGACUGCUUGUUGUAGUCGCUGCGGAUGGAGCAGCUUAUGUCGAAGCCACUGCAGCCGCCCUAGACUCCUUCGAAGCAGCAGCGACAUUUGACAUCAAGGGUGUGAAUCUACUAGACUUGAUUACUCUUCUCUUGAAACUGGGGGCCAGAGUACCUCCGUGGGAGCGGCCCUGGACGGAACACCGGAUGAAGGACGAACAUUGUUUUGUAUAUGGAACUGAAGUUGUUGAAACCGCAUGGCUUGCAACUUGCAUGGUAGCCCGAGCUGCGUCCUCAGGAGGCCUCGAGCACGACCAAAUGACCUUAGGUAACGCUGUCGGAGGGACGGUCUGCACCACCAUUAUCUCCAUUCUACGCAUGGUAAUCGCGGGAGAUGAACUACGCGAGAAUGAAAAGGAUAAAGCAGAGUGGCAUUUUAUUGCAGCAGCCCUAGCCUGGAUCGCUGAGGGCGCGGAGCUCGUUGCCGCAGGCUGUGCUGUCGCGAAACAGCCUGAAUUCGGAUUUGAGGCUGUGGCAGUCGCCUUGCUUGCAAAUUCUUUGUCCCUUGGCGUCGGUAUCCGUGAGAUUUCUGAGAAAUAUGGGCAUAACUAG